AUGAGGAGGAAAUCAUUCAUUUGCUGUUUCUUCUUCUCUUGCUCUCUCUGAUCUUUCUUCCCCUUGUCCUUUCAACUUCUUCUUCUUUCCCACUCUGUUCUCAUCCUCUAAUAAUCCCGCAUACAAAGCAAAGUAACUUACCAAGUUAUUUCAGAUAUAUAUGGAGGUGUUUGAUCCGGAAAAGGACGUGCCUUUAGCCCGCAAGAAGAAGUUAAUACAUCACCAAACCUUCUGCUUUGAGGUGUGGGAGAAUGAAAAGUAUAAACGACAGUAUUUCGUUAUAUCACAGAACCACUCCUCGAUUUCAUUCCCAACUUCUGCCUGUUCUAUCUUCUUGGAUGCUUUUGAUGGGUUUUGCGAGGGCUUUGAGAAACAACUGCAAGAGGGGUAUUUUAUCAGAAAGAAAGAUUCACUGAACAUCGAUGACAAGGUUUUUUCCUUCACCAAUGGAAAAGACAGAUUGGGUAAUCUCCUUAUUAAGGUUUCACAGGCAUCAUCAAGUAGUAAUUACAGUAAUAGCAUAAUCGUACAAUCCGGACGCAAUCGAAGGGACAAAAAUGAUGGCUGGAAAUUGUUCAGGGAGACAUUGGCAACGAUUGCUGGAAAUAUAAAGGUUUUUUACCCUCCGCAUGAUGAGCUUAUAUGCAAUCAUGCAAAGCACAUUGUGGAGGAGGUGACAGAGACCAAAACUGACUCUACUAAUAGUCAGAUUCACCAUAAGUCCUCCACAGCACAGCUGAAUAUAGAGUCUUCACAGGAUGACAGGAGGUUCUUCUCUGAUCUUGGAAGAGAGGAGGGGCUAAAAAUAUCCGAGGUUAGCGAUGACCAGUCCUCCAUGACAGUCCCACCAAUGAUUCAAAGAAGUUUGCAAGUGAAAAGGGCAUGAAGUAGUGUGGGAGCCCUCACAUUAGUCUGUCUCACAAAGUUAACGAAGAGGGUAGGGAGGGGACUUGUUCAACCUUUUCCAGAUUACUGUCUCCUCGCAGUGUAUUUAUUCUUAAUUCCUAAAAGCUCUUAUCCAGAAUCAAUCAUGAGAUUGAGAAUUAUUAGGGUUGCUGUCUUUGUGCAUAUCCAAGCACGUAUUUCCGA